AUGAUGACACAGUCGGCUAAUAUUGGCCAUGGCACGGCGAGGCCCUACAUCGGAAAGUCAAGACAAUUCAAGCGGUCUAGAACCGGCUGUCUUAACUGCCGACAUCGAAAGAAGAAGUGCAGCGAGGAGAAACCACAAUGCCGCGGCUGCAGUCGGAAUAAUCUCCACUGCGCUUGGCCACAAGACAUGAACGAGAAAGCUAUCACGGCUCCGCCUCCGCCUCUGCCCAAGGAUCCCAUAGCCAGCACAGAUGAGGGGCCGUCACCCGGUACAGAUGGUCCGUCGCCACCAUCAUCUGAAGUUGCCCACACAACUAGCAUUUGGAAUGAGCCCUCUGGUUCUUUCUUGGAUUCGAGGCGAUCAUGUACUCUCAAAAGAGAAUCUCUUCUUCUCUUACAGCAUUACAUCACAACCACGGCUUCCAUGCUUCCCAUGCCCCUCAAGGGGAACCCGUUUCUCUCGGAAAUCAUUCCCAUCGCUUCAGUGGAUGACAUGGUAAUGCACGGUGUGUUGGUCAUUAGUGGAGCACAUAUGAACUUUGGGAACAUGUCCUCCGGGCCUAUUGGUGAGGCAACCCUAGGUCAUUACAGCAUGUUAAUUCAUCAACUCGUCAUCGAGGUCUCGGACCAUAAAGGUUCCUGUGUGAACAAGCUAGCCCGGUUGCUGCUUGUCUUGGUGAUGUUGUGUCACUUCGAGGUUGGUGUUGGAUUAUCACCCUCGCCAUGCACUGAACUGAUUGCUGAUUCUGGAGAAACAGACGGAGCAAUGUUUCGCCAUCUUGGUGCGAGCCGAGAGAUAAUUGCUGAGAUAGAAAGCCGCCAGCCGACAGAACCCUUGGGAUCUGAUUCAGAGACUCUUUAUGGUCUUGGCCUCGAGCUAUACGCCUAUCUCACCUUCGUGAACUGCCUCACUCCGUACGGCCUGCUUCAAGAGCGCCAGUUCUCCCUUGACUCUUUUAUCACCUCCCCCAGCAGCCUGGCUAGCUACAGCACGUUUGGGAUCAUGUUCGCUGGCCUCCAUGAUCUCUUUUCGCUGAUACCGCAGAUAUCACUGCUAUUUCGUGAUCGGCUGAUCGAGCAACAGUCCGGAAUCAUCGAACCCUCAAUUGCUUGCGUUGAGUUACACACUCAACUGGAGCGAUGCCUCAAAGACUGGAAUCUCUCUCAAAAGGAUCUGGUUUCGCCAUUCCCAACCGAUGACUGCAAACGUGACCUGAACAAAGUUACCAAGAUCUUUCAGCUGGGUAUCGAGAUAUACCUGAUCGCAUCCAUGCAAGGGUCAUCCGUAGUAAAUCCAAAGAUUGUCUGCCAACUUCAGAGUUAUGUCGAUGACAUCCUAGACUUAGGACUCGAUUUACACUACUCUCAAUGGUCGGCAAUACUGCUGUGGCCUAUUGUCAUUUCUGGUUCUUGUUCUAUCCAAAUACAGCAGCAAGAAUAUCUUGCAAAGGCUUUGCGAGAAUCUAAAUAUCGUAUGAACCAUGUUACAAGGACUAUUGGUUUACUCCAUCGACUUUGGGGUAACGCUGAUCCUCUGAUAUAUGGACCUUAUGGUCUUUAUCUUACAAUAUCGCAAAGUGAUACUACAUUCUCUAUUAUAUAG